AUGUCCCUUGAUGUGUCAACAGGAAACAGGAUAUACAUGCAUCCCGAUUCCCCCAACACAGGAGCCCAUUGGAUGAGGCAGGAAGUGUCGUUUGGCAAGCUGAAGCUCACCAACAAUAAGGGCGGGACUAAUAACACGGCACAGAUGAUCGUGCUGCAGUCACUCCACAAGUACCAGCCCCGGCUCCAUGUGGUGGAGGUGAAGGAGGACGGUUCAGAGGACCCCUUCCUGAGCUCCAAGACCCAGACCUUCGUGUUCCCUGAGAGCCAGUUCAUCGCCGUCACGGCCUAUCAGAACGCAGAUAUCACCCAGCUGAAGAUAGACAACAACCCGUUCGCCAAAGGAUUCCGUGACAACUACGAUACGCCCUACGCCCCCCUGGACAGCGAGCGCCUCACCCCCUCCCCCCUCGGCGAGAGCCAGCAGCUGUUGCCCGGGACCUGCUACCCCCAGGCCUACCUCUCAGACCAGUACAUGAGCCCCCCCCAGGCUCGCCUCUACGGCCGCGAGCCGCUCGGCAUGGGCCAGCAGCCCAAGGACCCCUCCCCCGGCCGCACCUGGUACCUGUCCCCCCAGCAGAACAUGGCCCCCGGCCGCCUGGACUUCCCCUCCUCCUACGAGACGGACUUCACCGGCAACGGCUUCUACAAGUCCUUCCCCCUGCAGACGCCGGCCCCCCACCACCCCCACCACCACCACCACCACCCGGCGCUGGGCUACUACCCCGACCACACCUUCGCCUCCCCGGGCGUGGCCGUCUCCGGGGGCUCCCCGGGGGGCUGGUCCGCCGGCCGGCCCUCCUCGCAGUACCUCAGCCCCCACAGUAAACCCCCCCCCGGCCUGGGCUGGUUCCGGCCCGUGUCCUCCUCCUCCGCCUCCUCUAACUCCUCCUCCUCCACGUCGCCCGGCGGCGCCCGGCUGCCCCCCUCGGGCCCUGCCCUCCUGGAACCCCUCCCCCGGGGGCCCGGCCCUCAGGAGAAGGCCAAGGAGGGGGGCGGCGGGGGGCUGCCGGGCGAGGACCCCUGGCUGGAGCCCCACUCGGUGAAGUCGGUGGACUCGGCCGACUCGGGGCUGUUCGAGGGGGGCGGGGCCGAGAGCAAGAAGAGGCGGGUCUCGCCGUACGCGUCCAGCACGGAGAACUCGCCGCCCAUGCGCGGUGGCGGCGGCGGCGGCGGCGGCGGAGAGGUCUGCGAGAAGGACGGCGCCGGAGAUGCCGGGUACUUCGGCUUCUACUCCCACUGACGGCCGGGACCGCAUCACGACGCCAACGCCAGCCCCGCGACGCCAACGCCAGCCCCGGGACGCACGCAGGGUCGACCUCCGGAGAGACACACACAGGGACCUCUGAGACACACACAGGGACCUCUGAGACACACACAGGGACCUCUGAGACACACACAGGGACCUCUGAGACACACACAGGGACCUCUGAGACACACACAGGGACCUCUGAGACACACACAGGGACCUCUGAGACACACGCCGUCACCUUCAACACACAACCUGUCCCCUCCGAGACACACAGAUUCAGAUACACAACUCUGAGACAAACACAGUCACUCCCAGGAUGCACACAGGCGCUAGACGAGACGCAAACCUUCAACCCAGAGACAAACGGAGUCAACUGCAUCGUCUCCUCCGAGACAAACAGAGUCAGCUCCGAGACUUCACUGGUCAGCUCCGAGACAAACACAGUCCCUUCCGAGACAAACACGUUCCCCUCGAGACACAGAUACCCUUAAAGUGUAAUUCCGGGGAAAAUUGAACCCAGGGUCUUUAUCGGCAUGAAAACCCAUAAAAUAAGCCCUCCAGACACAUUUUGUCGUUGAUGAUCAAGCAUUACUUACCCAAAGUUGCCAGAGCAAUGUAACAACCCAAAUUACUUCCAUGUUAUCGCCUAGGAGCCCCGCGAACGCUUCCAAAUCGGCAUUUCUUAACCACUAAUAUUGCUCAAAAUAGCACAAAACCUCUGCAGUAGCAUGAUUAGUUGUUAAGAAAUGCCGACUUGGAAGUGUUUGCGGUGCCCCUAGCCAAUAACAUGGAAGUCAUUUGGGCUGUUACAUUGCUCCAGGCAACUUUGGGCAAGCUCUAUACUCGAUUAUCAACGAAAAAAAGUGUCUGGAGGGCUUAUUUUAUGGGUUUCCAUGCCGAAUUUCUUUGCCGGAAUUACACUCUAAGUCCCUCCCACCUCCUCCUGAGUUAAUUAAGUAGUAAAUCUUCUGCCAGGGUGGGCCAAAUUUCAAAAUCUUUCCGCGUGUUCAGUGAGGUCGCAUCAAGGGGCCGUUUAUCCGACGACAGAAUGUCCGAAGUGUGGUGAUGGAAAUUGGCCGCUCAACUGAUUCUAAAGCACAGGACUUCAUGCGAGGUGACACUCCCGAGCUGUGAGGGUCCGGGGAGGUUAGCGUCAGGGCUGAUGGUGAACCACCAGGCCCCCUCCGGCCCCGCAAACACCUGACAGACAUGCAGGAGAAACAUCUGCACACCUGCUAGCUGACGGGCCCCUGCAGGGAUGUUUAUAUGUAUCACUGUCUCUUCAGCUCUCCCCGUCUCUCUCUCUCUCUCUCCUCUUGGGUUAUCUCUGUCUCUUCACCGACCAGCCACACGUUCAUCCGUUUGGCUACGGAGGUGCUAUUUAUGAAGCUCGGCGGUACAACCGGAUCUAAAGGCAAUAAAGUCCACAAGGAGCUCAAGCUUCCUCAUUCAAAGUGUCAUUCCUCAUCAACAAAAUUAACAAAGAAUUAGAUGCUUCAUUUCCCAAAGGCAGCGUACAGAGAGAUUCUAACUUAGCCUCCUAUUCGAUCAAAUAGACUCAGGUUACGAAGGUGACCGUAGCUCUUCAAAGAUUCACCAGUGGGUUCACCAGAGCUUUGUUUGUGGUUCUGUUCCUUUUGUUCUCCUUGUGUCCCCCGUCCUAAAUCCCCUCUGCGUCCAUGGGUUAGGCCCUGUCUCAGGCCUCCUCAGCCUCCUCCAGUCUCCUCUCGGGCCUCCUCCAGCCUCCUCUCGGGCCUCCUCCAGCCUCCUCUCGGGCCUCCUCCAGCCUCCUCUCGGGCCUCCUCCAGUCUCCUCUCGGGCGUCCUCCAGCCUCCUCUCGGGCCUCCUCCAGCCUCCUCUCGGGCCUCCUCCAGCCUCCUCUCGGGCCUCCUCCAGCCUCCUCUCCGGCUUCUUCAGCCUCCUCAUUCCCUUCUAGCCCUUGUCUAGCGCUCACCCUGCAUCUGCGUCGAUUUGAAUCCACACCUGUCUGGAGACGUGGCACUGGGGGGCCAACAGGGGGUCACGUAGCGUGGUUUAGUGUGAGCAGGUAGACAGGCCACCGGGCCCUGACGUGCUGUCACGCCGGCCGCAAAGGAAACCUAAGGUGGUCAGACACUCGCUCGAGACUCGGGUCUCUCACGUAACGCGGUGGUUUGACAGAAUCCUGUUGUUCCAAGCCGGGGGGGGGGGACCUCAACGAAUAGGAGGGAGCCAGACACAAUCAGGCGCUUCACACCUCCUCCACUCCUUCACACCUCCAACCCUUCACCCCUCCUCGGCUCGGAGGCGGAGUGAGGCGACACUGACAGCCUCCGUUCGACACCGCUCAGCGACAGACUCAGUUUAGUUUGGCUGUCACCGUUUUUUGGUUCCCAGCGUCCCGUGACCCUAAAGGACAGAGCAGGUCAAGGGUUUCACACCAGACGGGGGUUGACAUCGAAGCAGUUUAUCACCGAUGCACAAUAACCGAGUCUUCGUCAAACAAUAUAAAUUCACCGGAUUCAGUGAUUCAGGAACAUAUUGUUGUCUAACCACGCAUACAGUAAGUGCAUGCAUGCACGUGCACACACCCACAAUCAAAGAGGAGCAGCCGUCUUAACGGAAAUGUGCACUGAAUGCUGAAGCUGCCAAUAUUGAUGCCGAGAUCUCCUUUGUAAAUUGUAAAAGUGUAAACAUUUAAAAGAAAAUGUGAAAUGCCAGCAAAUAAUAACUCGUUCGUAUUUGCCUUAUGAAGAUUUUUUUGGAGGAUGUUGAUGAUGAUGAUGAUGAUGGUGAUGAUGAUGGUGCACAUCAGACAUUUUGUAACCUCCAACUUUCUGUGGAGCGUUACACGCACCAUGUGACUGAGGAGAGCUUCAGUGAUUGGUCAGCUGAGCCACUGGACUGAGGACCGGGUCGGAUGACCGGUGGUUUGAGUAGACUCAGGUCACAUGACCCACGGUGCUGAGCACGCUCAGGUCACAUGACCGACGGUUCGAGCAGGCUCAGGUCACAUGACCCGCGGUUCGAACAGACUCAGGUCACAUGAUCCGCAGUUCACCUCCUCAGGUCACCUGAACUGAAGGGUUCUCCUGAAGGGUUCAGAACUGUCGCAAUAUACUGACGUUAAAACGUUGAAUUGAACUUUUCUUCAAAGUGGAAACAACCGUCGAGCAACGUUUACGGAAGGGUUUCAUGUUCUUAAUCUCCCUGAGUUUAUGUACAGAAGAAAUCAAUAUUAUGGAUCUGUGGCACAAUCAAGUGUCAAACUAUAGUUAUGUCUUAUGCAGGACUUGAGGAAAUGUUCGAUUUUUAUUUUUUAAAUCUGCAAGGACAACCCAAAAUGGUGAUUAAUAUAUGAUUAGUUAAAAUGUAACAAUUCUUGUCAAUGUUAUUUUAAGUGCAAUUAAGAGAAAUGGCAUUUGGUAUAUAUUUCAGGAGGGCUUUACAAAAUCCUUUGAUAAUCAACCGCUUCCUGAAAGUGUAAAUGUUUUGGAUUAAUGUUGUGUUACAUGGUUUGUCAUGAAGUAACCGUCAGUGAACCGGACUCAGAGCUUACGUCCACGAACAGUAGAAUGCCUUUAGACGCCUCAGGACCGCCCCCUGGUGGAGAUCAAUGCUAUUACAAUCAGCGGUGCGAUCAUUAAAAUUCUCGCCUGACAAUCGCCAUUACAAAUCAAAUUCCCGUUUAUGUAUCCCGAUCCUUUUUAAGUGUAUUUCUCUUAUGUUUUCCAGAUUUUUGUCAUGGACAAUACUGCGAAAAACAUAGGCUACUAACAGUAUUUUCUUACAAUCCUGUAGGCCUGUCUGUUUGGUCGAGAGGGAUUGGAAUCAGGGUCAUGAUGUGGAAUCAGGGUCAUGAUUGUGAGAUCAGGGUUAUGAUUAUGGAGCCAGGUCUGUUUUUUCUAUUUCUCUGAGAUCCUGGUCUUAGAUAUUUUAGUUGCGAGUUUAUAAUUCUCACAAACUAAGAAUUCUGGAAACAAAUAAAAUAGCACGUGUCAAAUACAAAAAGAUAUGUUUGAAAGGGAAAUCAUUUAUUUAUUAAAAGUGUCAAACUUG